UAAACUCUCUUGUUUAUUUUGUAAUUAUACCAUCUUAAUAUUCAUUGAUUAUGCUGAGGUCCUCCUCAAACCAGUUUUGCCACCUGCUGUCAAUCACUAGACCUUAUUCCUAUGCCAGUUUUGCAUUCAAGGCAAUUGAAUUUGACCUUUUUCACCCAGCUUUCCGGGUAUUCCUUGUUUGUAAAUAAUGUUCGGUUACUUGUAUUGCUGCUGGAAUCCAUUGACUUCUAAUGCACGAUGAAAUCACCCACAGAUGGCUUGUGUUGGAAGAGACUUUAACCCUGGGGUUAAGGAUGGACCGCUGGGAGGCACCACUUGUGACUGGUCUCCACAUGGAAGAGUCUGUCAUGGAGUUAUCUCUAGAUCUGUCUGUGUCUGUGAUAGGAGGACAUCAGGCCCACCAGCUUGAAAAAGGUGCUGGUGGGGGAACCAAGAGGGAAAGGAAUGAGGAAAAAGGAGGAAAGUUAUUUUACUAGUUAUAACAGUAGAAAUACAAGUUAAUUGGGAUUGAAGCUAAUAAGCCAAAUAAAUGAGAGAGUGUUCAAAACUAAAGGCCUUACUCUAAAGCUGAAGGUGAGAUGGCUAGGGAGCAUGCACUGCCGAGACGAGCAGUAGAAGAGAGGGCUGUCUUAUGACUUGUGAGCAGUUUUAUGUUUCCCUCUGAAUGGAAAAUGGAAAUGAAUGGUCCUCUGAAGUGUGUAGUUCUCUUCUGAAAACUAGGUAUGUGGAAAAUUGGCAGUCCACGGAACUGGAGCAUUAACUCUUUAACUCCCAGUGCUCUACGUGAUGUUAUGAUGUGGAAUACCUAUAACAAAAAUUAUAAAAGCUUGGCAGAGGCAUUAACAACCACUCUCUGGCUACAACAAUCCAGCCAAGUCUUUAUCCACUGAAUAGAGCUGCCUUCAAAUCUGUAUCUCUCCAGUUUAAAGAUGUGGUAUGGGACCAUGUCAAAGGUCUCUUUGGACCUUGCGCAAGUCCAAAGAGACAACAUCAGUUGCUCUUCCUUUGUCCACUGUUGCUGUCACUCCAUUAUAAAAGGCCACCACAUUGGUCAGUCAUGAUCUGCCCUUGGUGAAGUCGUGCUGGCUGUCUUGUAUCACCUCCACAGCUCACGUGUGCCUUGACAUCUCUUCCAGGAUGAUCUGCUCCAUGAUCUUCCCAGACACAGAUGUGAUAUUCAACAGCCAGUAGUUCCCUUGGUAUUCCUUUCUUGAAAAUGGGAGUGAUGUUUUCCUUUUUGCAGUCGGUGGGAACUUUGCCUGGCAGCCAUGACUUUUCAGAUAUGAUAGAGUGGCCUUACAACCACAUCAGCCACUUCCUUCAGAACUCUGGGAUGCAUGGCAUCUGGCUCCAUAUUGUACCUUUUAGCUUCCUGAGGCAUUCUCAGACUUGCUCUGCUCUAACCGGGGAGGCAUUUUGCUCACUUGACCACUGCCUUGAGGUUCAGGUGCUCUUCUUUGGAUUUGGAUGGCUGUUUUUCAUGCGCAAGCUCUUCAAGGAUUAUGAGGUGCGACAGUAUGUUGUCCAAGUCAUCUUCUCUGUGACUUUUGCCUUCUCUUGUACUAUGUUUGAACUCAUCAUCUUUGAGAUUUUGGGAGUGCUGAACAGCAGCUCUCGAUAUUUUCACUGGAAGCUGAACCUGUGUGUCAUUUUACUCAUCCUAGUCUUCAUGGUCCCCUUUUACAUCGGUUACUUUGUUGUGAGCAAUAUCAGAUUAUUGCACAGACAGAAACUGCUUUUUGCAUGUGUUCUGUGGUUGACGUUUAUGUAUUUCUUUUGGAAGCUGGGAGAUCCAUUUCCCAUCCUCAGCCCAAAACAUGGAAUCCUGUCUAUAGAGCAGCUCAUCAGCCGUGUGGGUGUGAUUGGGGUGACACUCAUGGCUUUGCUGUCAGGAUUUGGUGCUGUCAACUGUCCGUAUACCUACAUGUCCUACUUUCUCAGGAAUGUGACAGAUGCAGAUAUUCUCGCUUUGGAGCGACGACUCCUCCAGACUAUGGACAUGAUUAUUAGCAAGAAAAAAAGAAUAGCAGUGGCUCACAGGAUGAUGUUCCAGAGAGGGGAAGUGCACAACAAACCCACUGGCUUCUGGGGAAUGAUAAAAAGUGUUACGACGUCUGUUGCAGGCAGUGAAAGUUUGCCAGAUCUGUCUCUUAUCCAGCAAGAAGUGGAUGCCCUAGAAGAACUGAGCCGGCAGCUUUUUCUUGAAACUGCUGACCUGCAUGCAACAAAGGAAAGAAUAGAGUACUCCAAAACUUUCCAGGGAAAAUACUUCAAUUUUUUGGGUUACUUUUUCUCCAUCUAUUGUGUCUGGAAAAUCUUCAUGGCGACCAUCAAUAUUGUGUUUGACCGCGUGGGGAAGACGGAUCCAGUCACAAGAGGAAUUGAGAUCACUGUGAAUUAUUUGGGAAUCCAGUUUGAUGUGAAAUUCUGGUCUCAGCACAUUUCCUUUAUUCUUGUUGGAAUAAUUAUUGUCACCUCUAUCAGAGGCCUGUUAAUUACACUUACAAAGUUCUUCUAUGCCAUUUCCAGCAGCAAGUCCUCCAAUGUUAUUGUUCUGCUUCUAGCACAGAUCAUGGGUAUGUACUUUGUGUCGUCGGUGCUCCUGAUUCGAAUGAGCAUGCCUCUAGAGUACCGCACUAUUAUAACAGAAGUCCUGGGGGAGCUUCAGUUCAACUUCUAUCAUCGUUGGUUUGAUGUGAUAUUUCUAGUUAGUGCACUAUCCAGCAUCCUCUUUCUCUACUUAGCACAUAAGCAAGCUCCAGAAAAGCAUAUGGCCCUCUAAGUAAGGACUGCAGACACACACGCUCCCGUCUCCUUUCUGCUGGACUGUUGCAACUCCUGUGGACUGCAAAACUUGGAGAGCCAGGACAGUUCUGUGUGUUCAAGCAAUGUCACUGGCUCUUUGAACUUCCAUGUCUUCAGUCAAGCUCUGUGGCUCAUUUUAAGGUGCUACAGCUUGAGGGAAAGGGAAUGCACACAUUGCCAAGGAAUAAAGGGAAUUUAUGGUACAUCAGUAUCUAAGGGUCUGUAGGCUGUCUGAGGUAAGGUAUCUUGUGUUUGGAAGAAUGUCUUCAGAGAAGGCAUCAAGCAAAUGUGAUUUUUCUUUUAAAAAGCAACUCAUAAUUGAGGUUCAGAGAAUGGUAAUUUUGGAGCUGAAUGUGGAAGUCUGUGGAAUUAAAUAAGCUUUUGUAAUACCUCA